AUGACAAACGACGCAAACAAUAACCUUGUGGCCUCAUCCAUAAUGAAGCGAUGUCGCGCUUGUGAUGUGCUAGCGUGUAAGACCGGUCUCGACCCAAUCGCGAACGAAGUCUCGACGUGUCGCCCCGCUGCCUGCGCUUACAGCCGGUUUCCAUGCGACCAUGUAUCGUCCUGCGCACCCUUCCGCUCAGCCUCUCGAGCAUCCGCGCGAUUUCGCACCCGCACCAUCCGCGCCCAUCUCAUGGAGAAGAGACAGCGACGUACGACGGACGUUGUCCUUUUCGCGAGGAGCACGACUUCCGUCGCGUUGAGCCGAGCGUGGAGUUCUGCGGUGGGACAGGCACGUCGCGCGCACGGCGACAUUAAGGACUUCGUCAUCACCGAAGAAUCCGGCAUCGCGAAGGGCAUCCGCCGCAUCAUCGCCGUCACAGGCCACGAAGCCGCCUCCGUAACGCGCACCGCCGACACCCUCGAGUCCCGGCUCGUCUCGGCCGAGAACGCCGUAGGCAAAGCGAAAGACGCAGCGCUCAAGACGUUGCAGGUCGAGCUCGGCCAGGCGGAUAUUAGUCUUAUACGGAAGAACGCGCUUAGGGAUAAGUUGGCGAGUGUGCGGGAGGCGUUCGAUAAGGAGCCGGAUGAGGAGGCGUAUUUCGCUGUUGUGCCUGUUGAUGAGAACGUCAAGAUCCUCCAAGCCGUCGUCCUCUCCGCAAAGAAACUCGGGAAAGCAGUCUACGUCUUCAGCGCGGACGCCGAAGGAGGCAAGGUCGCGCACGUCAACCAUAUCCCCGAGUUCCUCCGGGUACCCGGAUUCGAUGGAAGGUCAUGGGCGGCGAGUGUCAGCGAGGUUAUUGGCGGGAAGGCUGGUGGGAAGGAGGAUGGAGCGCAGGGUGUUGGGACUGAGGUCGGGAAGGUGCAGGAUGCGAGGGAGGUUGCCGAGAAGGCGUUCCGUGCGAGGAAGUGA